CCCAUCUCUAAUAUGGACUCGAUAUUUUGACUAGAAGCAGAAAUUUUUGUUAACAGUAAAAUCUAAAUUUAAUUCCCCAGAAGCUGUUAUCAGUUGUUAAAGGUUGACCUCAGCCCCAGUCGAACUACGGAAUUCGGAAGAAAAACAAGGUGCUAAAAUGGAGUUGACUGGCUGGGUAAAAAACUACGACUGGGGCCGCAAGGGUAUCAACUCAGCGGUGGCGCAAUUGGCCAUGGCUAAUGAUCCUGACUUUCGCCUGAACGAGGAAGAACCUUACGCGGAGAUGUGGAUGGGCACCCAUGUAUGCGGCGUGUCCGUAGUGAAGGAAACCGGCGAGACAUUGGACCGGGUGCUCAAGAAGGACCUUCCGUACCUGUUCAAGGUCCUAAGCAUAAACAAGGCACUCAGUAUCCAAGUGCAUCCUAAUAAGUGCGAAGCGGAGCAGCUGCACCGCGAUCGCCCGGAGAUCUACAAGGAUCCCAAUCACAAACCGGAAUUGGCCAUUGCUCUUACGCCUUUUUUGGCCCUGGUUGGAUUUUUGCCGCCAACGGUCGUAUGGGACUACAUUAAUCAGUUCCGGCCACUAGUCAGUUUGAUAGGCCAGGGGGAAGUGGAUGAGCUGAACGAGUCGCCCAACGGCGAGAGCGUUAAGUUGUGCUACACGAGCCUUAUGAGGGCACAUGAGGAUGACAUUUCCAAGUGCAUUCGUGAAAUAGCAAAAGGCUAUAAAAAUGAACUGAAGUCCCACAACCUGCUGGAUGUGUUCACCAAACUGAAUACGGACUUUCCAGGUGAUGUGGGCGUGCUGUCACUGUUCUUCCUCAACUUGAUCCGGCUUAAGCCUGGCCAGGCCAUCUAUCUGGGCGCCAACGAGAUCCACGCCUACCUGGACGGCGACUGCGUGGAGUGCAUGGCUUGCUCGGACAAUGUGAUACGUGCUGGACUAACGCCUAAGUACAAGGAUGUGGACCAGCUACUUAACUCAGUGAACUUUUUUUCAUAUGACGAUCGCAAGGAGUUCAUCCCGUUCCGCAUCGACGAGCAGGUCCAGGUCUAUAUUCCUCCAGUGCCCGAUUUCGCCGUUAUCAAUGUAAAUAUUAAACACACUCUGGAAACUUACAAGCUGGAAAUCCAAGCCUUCGGCUCCAUACUGAUAGUCCUGAAGGGUACCCGUACCUUGAAGCUGAAAACCCAAGAGGGCGACAAGGAGAUCGUUUUGACGCGCGGCAGCAUCGUGUACAUUCCUGUCGAGGCAGCGCCGGAAAUCGAGUUCGCCCAGGCCGAAAACUGCGACAACGAAGACUUUAGCGGCUACAUAGCAACGAGCAACUACUUUCGAGUGGCAUAAAAUACCUAGUUAAUCUGAAUCUUUUGUAAAGUGCAAUAAAUCCAUAAACACAUUGA